GCGACCAAUUGUAGAGAACGCACUAAGGACAAGCAAUUACAGGCCAUAACUCAAGUCUAACAGACGCAUAAAGAACAUUAUCUACUUUGUUUUCGGAAGGAAUCGAUAUUCGGGAAAAAUAUCGAUAAUCAGUUGAUGUACGACUAGUUAUUGGUAAGGUAAUCUGUGUGGGCGUUUUUAAAAUCCACUUAUUAAGCAUCAUAUUAUUGUGCAGAAAAGCGGAAGUCCUGAUUUUGAGCAAGCCAGCAUGAAUAAAUGUUAAACCUCAACCUAUAUAGAUACUGAUUUAAAAUGGAGCCUGAAUAUUUCAUAUUAUUAUCCUCACAAAUCGUCACUGUAUCUCCAGUGUAAUUGUGAAAGACUGCAGUGAUUUCCUCGACAGAAAGCUACAAUUUCAAUUACAUCGAUAUCAUAAAGCAUUGAGUGUCAGGCGAUCGGAUGUUAUAUAAGGGAUCUGUUGUUUCCCGCGGAAUCAGUAUGUCACUUUCGCUGUGGAUAGAAGAAGUCAGUGAUGGCGCAGAACUUAUUGCAGAAUAAAAUUAAAAACUGAAUCAUUAAAAAGAAAAUUAUAAACGUCAUCAGGUAAAUUGUCACACUCCUACACUGCGUUAUGGGAGAUGGACCCCCUUGAGGAUAAUUAAUUUUCUAGCUGAAUCAUCAAAUGUGGGCUCUGUAAAGUGUGAAUUUAAAUCUUCUAUAAGUUGGAUCUUUAUAUUCUGACACCUGUAGCAUCCAUGUUUACUUCUGCAGGAAUAAAAACAGAAUGGAUUCCAAUACAGAAGAAAAUUGGAUCCUUUUCACGGAUUUGUCAUUCGUCAACAACACAAAUAUUUCAUUUACAGCCAUGGGUUCAGAGACAACUAAUGGACUGAUGACAUUCGGCCAUUGGUUCACACGUAUCCAUGGCUACGCCAGCUUGUUCACGUGCAUUUUUGGGAUAUUUACUAACCUCUUCAACAUUUCUAUUCUAACACGUAAAGAUAUGUGGAACCCCACCAACUGCCUUCUGACAUGGCUAGCUGUCUCAGACAUCCUCACCAUGAUCCCUUACAUUCCAUUCUCCCUCCAUUUCUACUGCAUCCACAACUUUGAUGAAAUCUCACAAGAAAAGUUCUCUCGCGGCUGGACCACGUACAUGCUUGUCCUUGUAAAUUUAGCAGCGACUACACACACGAUUUCGAUAUGGCUAGGUGUCUCAUUGGCAGUUUUCAGGUUUACACAGUUACGGACCACAGCCAAAGGACCUUUAGCACGCAUGAGGAGUAUGCGACAAGUCAAAUACACUACUGUGUUAGUAUAUAUUCUUUCUACCCUGUGUUUAAUCCCUAAUUACUUGACCAACGAAGUUGUUCAACAGAAAAUGGAUUCCAACAUAACGAUAUACGUCCUUAAUGAUUUAAAACUAGCCACCAAUGAAACAAAGCCGAUCGUGCUCGCUAACGUUCUCUCCUACGCUAUUGUGGCCAAAUUCAUUCCAUGUGCACUCAUGAUAGUGUUCGGGGGGUCAUUGUUGUAUAGUCUUGGAAUCAAAGGAAGGCAUCGAAGGACUAGACUUUCGGCUGGUCAGCCGCCCGCAAAACGAGGCACGAAGCAUUCCAAGACGACUAAGCUGUUGCUGGUUGUGAUUAUUCUAUUUUUGGUAACGGAGUUCCCUCAGGGUAUUGUGAUUUUCAUGAGUGCCAUUGUUCCCAACUUUUACAAGUCUGUGUAUGUGCCUUUAGGAGAUUUUAUGGAUUUCCUUGCACUUGUGAACAAUGCCAUAAAUUUUGUUUUGUAUUGUAGCAUGAGCAACCAAUUCCGGUCUCGAUUUUUGGAGAUGUACUGUAACAAAAGACGUGGUUUUAAGUACACAAAUAAGUUUAGUUUUACGUAUUCUUUAUCGUCCUUCACCAAAACAACUGUAAUUGAUUCCUUAAAGAGAUGAAACAAAAUGAUAGAUUGUUUCCUUUGCCAAAGAAUGUGUAAAUUUAUUAUUUGUUACUUAACUGUUGUUUCUUUACGGACUAAAUAACUUGACUGGCAUUCCGUACAGAUUUUUAUAAUAGAGUCCCACUUCACUGAUACAUGAAUCAAUUGACUGAGUGAAGUAUUAAUUUUGUACAUGUCUAAAAAUAUGUAUAAAGAAAGUCAAAAUGAA